AUGUCUGCCUCGAUUGACCAUUUUGAAGUAGCCUGUGUGAAUGCUCUGUCCAGAUCUAAAGCUUUCUGUACCCAGUUCGGGUUUUCGCUCUUUGCUGUCAACCUGGACGGCGCUGUCAUGCAAUAUGCCUGUAAAGCUGGCGAGAGCAUAUUCGUCUUUUCUCAGCGACCCGAAGAUUGUGUACUCUCUGGUGACACUGUCUUCGACUGUGCGCUGAGUGUUGACAAAGUAGCCGCGGUUUUCAACAGAGCGCUAAAGGCUGGAGCUACAAAUAUUAAGAAGCCAAUGGAGCUGCAUGAUGAAAACGGAAACGGAAGUGUGACAAUGGCCAUCAUCGGAUCGCCAAUUGGUAAUGUCGUACACACACUGAUUAACCGAGAAAACUACAAAGGCAUCUUUCUGCCCGGUUUCACGCCACCCGACAUCACGACACUAGCUCAAUUCCCAGCCAGUACAUACAAGAUUAAAACUACACACAUUGAUCACGUUACAUAUGUAGUGGAACGUGGUACAUCACCAAAGAUGAUCGAAUUUUAUGGCAACGCCCUCGGAUGUGAACGAUUUCGUGUAAACUUGAACGAAGAUGACGAGACUGGCAUGCCAGUAAACGUCGGUAGCGUGGAAAUGAGGUUAAUGGCUGCAGAGUACUGGAGGUGCGCUGAGAGCGGUGUGCGAAUUCACAAUCUCGAUUCAGACAAACAAUCCGUCACUUUUGUCAUGGUCGAAGCGAUCUGGGGAAAAGAAACGGGGUCUGGGAACCAGAUAGCUACGUAUCUUGAGAAUCAUGGCGGGCCUGGCAUACAACAUAUUGCGCUACACACGAAUAACAUCGUAGAAAGUACACGAGCCAUGCGUCAAGCUGGGUGUGUAUUCCCACACAUACCACAAGGAUAUUACACAAAGAUUGGUAAAUCCGAUGAAAUUGAGAGAGUGGGCGAAUGCUUAGAAGAACUGAAAAAACUCGGCAUUCUACUUGAUGCAGAAGGGGAGUUUUCCUACGACGGUGAAAUUAAAACCAAAGAUCGGUACUUAAUGCAAGCAUUCACAGCACCGAUAUUUCAGAAAAAUACCUUCUUCAUGGAAGUCAUUUCUAGAUUCGGCGCCUGUGGAUUCGGUGCAGGCAAUAUAACGGCAUUAUGGGAUGCAAUGGAGGCUGUCCACCAAGAAAGGACAUCGACUAACUCCAGCUGAUCCCACUUUGCCCAAGGCAUACAAAAGAAACAAUCUGGAAGACCAACUGAUGUCACCGUGGAACCAACUCUGACGUACAGGAAUCAUUCAAGUUAAAAUAUACAAAAGCACAAUAACACUAAAAUGUACAAGUGACGCCAUCUUGUUAUACAUCACGCCCUCCC